AUGCCCUUCUUCAAGUCCAACAAGAACAAGACCUCCUCUGCUGCCUCGACCCCAGUCCAGACCCCCCGCUCGUCGAUCCAAACAACCCGCACUGCCAACCAGUCGAACCUCCUGACCCUCGAUCAGCUCUGCUCCAUUAAAUCCGCAUCUGCAUUUCGCAACCCGUACAUCUUGGUCACUGUUAAGCUUCCGAUUGCUGUGCCUACCCGCACUUUCCGUCGAGACAGUCGUUUCGAGACAGGAGCCGCGUCCGCCACCAGGGCUCAUGACUUGGCGGAGAACAGAUACCGUGCUGUGGGCCAUUUUAGGCUGCUUCGUGGACCUGCACUGGACCUCUGGAGCUACGACCUCGAGGUCGCAGAGGUCUGCUAUGGUCUAAUGUCGAUGCUCCAUAUGGGAUAUUGCUCUCUGUAUCCAUCAUGGAGGUGA